AUCAAGGUCAAUUCACACCCUUUUUUCUGUAAUACAGCAUAGAAGACAUUCUGAGAGAGAAAGGGGCAAAUUAACAACACACAUGAUGAUUUUAACGGCGGCAUCAUCAUCCAAGACCUUUCAUUUCGUGGGUUUCACAUCCCCACCACCAGUUUUCUCCUCUAUUCGAAGCCAACCCAUCAACAAAUCCAUCGGCAUAGUUCAUUUUUCUCAAUUUACUGAGAAAACCUCGUUCAAUCUCAGUUCCUCUCGAACCAUUUCUAGAAUUUCCCCCCUUCUUUCUCGAACCCUCUCGUCUGUUAACUCUCUGCCGAAAAAUGCCCCAUCUUUCUCUGUAAUCGCUCACAAAGGCUACAAAAUGAAAACCCAUAAGGCUUCAGCCAAGCGAUUUAGAGUGACGGGUACUGGGAAAAUCAUGAGGAGACGAGCUGGAAAGCAACAUUUACUCAGGAAGAAGAAUACCAAGAGGAGAGUCCGGCUUUCCAAAAUGCUACAAGUUGAUCGGAGUGACUACAACAAUGUCAUUGGCGCAUUGCCAUAUUUAAAGGUGAACCGAGCGAAUUAGAGAUGGCCAUUGGUUAUUUUUUUUCCCAAGAAUUUUAAAUGUAAACCAUAUCAACCCGCCGCUGUAAUUUUCAGUCUUCUGAUCAACUUAUGUCUAUUCAGAUUUUUAACCCCAUAUAUUGUACUGUUGAUUCUGGUAAUUUUCACC